AUGGAACUGUUACCCGAUCAGAGGAGGGCUCGUAAGAAGAUGUAUCGAGAUCGAAAGAUGAAUAUAUUUAAAAAGGGGGAGGAGCUUUCCAUACUUUGUGGUACCGAUGUCCUUGUGAUCCUGUUCCAACCAACUGACAAGGGUACUACUAGUCAGCCAGCUGCAGAGACUUGGCCUAAAGAUCCCACAGAAGUCGAACGCAUUAUCCGCAGAUACAAGGCAAAGCUUGCAGCCUCCACUCAUGCUUCAUCUCCUAGCACAAGCGUGCCGGCAAUCAAAGAUAGGUCUACUAGUACUCCUCCAUCUUCAACUCCAUCUCGAAGUGUACCAGAGAAGAGAAAAUACAUGAACUUAGAUUUGUCUUUGUCCGGUUCUUAUGAUUCCCAAACGAAAAAGUUGAAAGAGGACAAGGGUAAGAAGAAGUUGCAUGCUCGGGAUGAUGAUGAGAAUAUAAAUUCACAAGAGGCCGGCAUGGAGAUGCAGUUCAAGUAUCCAACAAUCCGGGAUCACGCUGGAAGAGAAAAUUUAUACGACGACGGGGAAUUGAUGAUUGGAUAUGAUGAUCAUCAAGCAAAACUUGCUUCAUUGGAAGCUAAGCAAAAAGCUAUAACAAAAAGAAUUGCUUCAUUGGAGGCAACUCAUGCUUAA